GACUCGUCAGUGAGAGAAACGCUGUGCUGUGCAAGGGUGGCAGGCAGAAAGAAACACAGACAGAGGGGUGAUACAGCAAACACUGGAUACAAACAGAGGCAUGAAGGCUGCGAUUAAACUACUGUUUUGAAAAACGAGGAGUCACGUAUCAUUUGAUAUCAGUUCCACUGCAGCUACGGACUGUUUCAUUUAUUUUGAAAUAUAAUGCGCCUUAACGUCUGGUCGUGAUGGGGGAAAUCAUCUGCUGCACUACUGGUAGAUGUAUAUUACUGACUCUGCGUUAUAUUACGGAUUUAAAUUAAAAUAAAAAGUAAGGGAUGUUGAACUGUGUUUAAGAAGAAUAACAACACACGCCCGGGGAAUACAAAAACAUUACGUGCGUACCACUUUGUUGAACAGAAGCUCUGAGGGGGAAUAUUAAAAAAAUAAAAUAAAAAAGUUGAAUGGCGGCGGCUUGAAUUAACAUUACAAAUUGGAGGUACGUUAAUUUGUUUUUGUUUUAUUCUGUGGAAAACAGUCAGCUAGCUGUCAGGCCCGGCUUGGUAAAUACUGCUGUGAGUUCUGUCUGAAUUUACAACAAUAAAGUACCCUGGGAUUUUACAAAAUGCAUCAUCCCGAGUCUGCAGGAGAAUCUACUAGUAGGAAGAUGGCGAACCCGGCAAUAUUUCAUAGAAGGGGUAGCAGUACUGGCAGCAACGCUUUGGCGACAGCAGCUGGUACCAGUAUUAACAGUAAUGUCAUUCCUACUGACGAUUACUCAUCUUCGAUAUUGAUACAGCCGCCACCACCACCGACCGGGUCUUCCUCCCCGGGGCCGCAGCACCCUCCCCAGAGCCUGAACCUCCACUCCUCUCAGUCGCAGCUGCAGCCUCAGCCUCUCCCACUGGCAGGGGCACAGGUGAAAAAAAAGAGUGGUUUUCAAAUCACCAGUGUCACCCCAGCCCACAUCUCGGCUAGCACCAACAACAGCAUCACAGAAGACACUGAGAGCUAUGACGACCUGGAUGAGUCACACACAGAAGACCUGUCUUCAUCUGAGAUCCUGGAUGUGUCAUUGUCCAGGGCCACGGACAUGGGGGGCCCAGAGAGGAGCUCCUCUGAGGAGACUUUAAACAACUUCCACGAGGUAGAGACUCCUGGAGCAGUGUCCCCCAACCAGCAUCUCCUCCACCAGUCGCAUCACCAGCCCCAACCUGGUGUGCUGGCGAACGGGAAUAUGCACCACCACCACCACCACCACCCCCAGCCCCAUGGGCUUCCCCACCGUCCAUCUCAUGCUCACCCUGGAAUAAUGCCUUCGGUUGCAAUGCCAGGAGGAGGAGGUGUCACUGUUAUCCCGCCUCUCAACACUGUUACCACUGCUCCGAAAUUAUCUGCACACGCUGACACAGUUCCUGAGAAUACCUCUGUUGUCGGCAAUGUGGUUGCCCAGCCUCAGUCAGCCGGCACCCCAGGAAUGCCAAGCGGCAUGAAUGCAGCAGCAGGUACCCCAGUUAAUGUUGUUAAUCCUGUGACGAGCAAUGUGAAUAAUGUGAGCGUGGCUGGUUUGGUGGGCACUAGUAGUAGUAAUGGCAGUAGUAGUGGCGCCCCACCUGGCUUAAUGAACUUGAACAGUGGCUUAACGGGAACCAGCAACCCAAAUGUUAUUGUGAUGCAACAGCAACAAGGGACUGGGGGUGCUGUGACUAUGAAUAUUGUAAAGGGGGCUUGUAGUGUUACAGGUGGUGCCCUCUCAAAUGUGAUCAGCGGGGCAUCAGGUGACAUUGUAGUGGCAGCGCCAGUGGUUGUGAUGACAACAGCACAAACUGCGCCAGUGGCCACCCCCCCAAGCCAGCAGCAGGCUCCACCUCCCACCAGCUCCCGCUUCAGGGUGGUCAAGCUGGAUUCCAGCUCGGAGCCUUUCAAGAAAGGCAGAUGGAUUUGCACUGAGUAUUAUGAUAAGGAGCCCCCAGUAUCAGUAGCUGUAGCAAGUGCCACAUCAGAAACUGUGCCCAGUCACAGGGCAGUGGAGAGCAUCAGGCAGACCCAGCCUGACACUACUCUGGGUUCAGAGCGAGAGAGCACCAGUGGGAGCUCAGUCAGUAGCACCAUCAGCACCCUGAGCCACUACACAGAGAGUGUUGGAAGUGGAGAGAUGGGAGCCCCCUCCAUUUUACAAGGCUUCCAGCAGCCACAAGUAGUGGACUAUGGCAGCCCCCAGAGCUUGCAAGCUUCACUCCCUGGCUUGCCUCAGAGUGUCUCGCAGCCUCAGCUUGCUCAAGCCCAGAUACACUCGCAGGAGGUGGCUCACUCCCUUAUGAAAACAAGCGGGACCCCUUCUGUGCCCUCAAGCAUUGGCAAUGUUCAGCAACAGCAGCCUCCAAUGAAUUUAGGAAGCAUACAGACCUCCAUAGGGCUCCCCACUGCUACCAUUCCUCAGCAGCAGCAACUGCCCUACACUCAACAGCCUCAGCAACCUGCCACAGCACAAAUGUUCCACCCACCACUGCAGCAGCAGGCGGCACCUACUCAGAUGGCAUCGGAGCAUGUUAUGCCUGUGAGUCAAGGUGGUGGCGUGGUGGGCAGCCUUCCACCAGAGUUUGUACACCAACAGAUCAUUCAGCCUCCAAUGCAGCCCGGGCCCCCUGGAAUGGGAGCAGCUGGGCAGUCACUACAGCAUGUGCCCCACAUUCCUGGCACCAUCCAACCUCCUCCGGUGUCUGGGAAUGGCCAGAUGAUGGGCAUGGGCCAGCAUGGGGGCAACAUACCGCCUGGGAAUUACCAGACACCCCCCCAGGGAAUUUUGCAACAGCAGCAGACCACUUCACCUCCACAAGGUGGGAUCCUGCAUCAGAUCUUGCCUGGAACUGUAUCAGGGCUGGCACAACAGCAUCAUCAGAGUUUGGCCCAGCUCCCAACACACCUGCCAGUAGAGCAGCAGCAGCAGUCAAUGGCUCAAGGACUAGCCGGGCAGCAGCCUUGCGCUGUUUCCUUGGGUCAAGUUACAUCAAACGUGCCUCUUCCAGCUGCGGCCCAGUCUGGCAUGCCCCCGAGUGCUGCCCAGCCUUUGCAGAACGGCAGCAUGAUCCCCGGCGGUGGUCAGCCUACCAUGAUGCCAGCCAGCUCGGCAGCCAGCACUGGCCACUACCUGGCCCUGCGGCCUUUUUCUGCCGCACAGCUGGAAGAUGCUCGCCGCCUGCUUCUUCAGGACCAGACCCUGCUCUCUUUGCCCAAGCUGGCUGUUGGAGAUGGAGCUGCCAACAGCAUGAGUGCCUUCGCAGCCUCGGCAAGCCUCUUUCCACUGAAGACCCUGCCGCUGGCAGGACAGGUGGUGGACGGUGAAGAGGACAGUUCUUCGGGUGCCAGUGUGGUGGCCAUAGACAACAAAAUUGAACAGGCAAUGGAUCUAGUGAAGAGUCACUUGAUGUAUGCCGUGAGGGAAGAAGUGGAAGUUUUAAAGGAACAAAUAAAGGAGUUGAUCGACAGGAACUCGCAGUUGGAGCAGGAAAACAAUCUCCUGAAGAAUCUGGCCAGCCCGGAGCAGCUAGCACAGUUUCAGGCGCAGCUCCAGAGCGGCUCCCCUCCGGCCUCUUCACAGCAGCCCGGGACAGCGACACAGCCUGCCCAGCCAUCAUCACAGAGCUCCGGGCCCUCAGCGUAACAUCCCCCGCCGCUUCCACAAUGGACUGGACACAAUGGGGGUCGAGUAAAAAAAAAAAAAAACAACGCAACGAGGACAGUUGCGCUCCAGUUACAGGCAUAUUACAUUUGCCGUUUGCACAUCCAGAUUUCAAGGAAAAAAAUGUAAAAAAUAAGUAAAAGUAUUUUUACUUUAGACAAUCGCAUGUAAAAUGGAAGUAAUCCCUGGAAGGGACAGUGAUACUAUGAAACGAAUUCAUUGAAAUGAACAGCACGCGUCAUUACAGCGCUUUGUUGUUGUUGUUUGUUUUUUACCGUGACUUGGAGAGAUGCACUCAGCUGCUUCCCUGUCGUGUAUAUAUAUAUAUAUACACACACACAACGAGUCCAAGGCUGUGGCUGACAGGUGCAAACACUUUCUUGAUGGCAAAUGUGAAGAACCUUAGAAGGACCAGAGGCAACUGGGGUGCCCCCCUCCCCCAUCUGGAAUGGGGGAAGGUGUUACAAAAAGGACACCUGUCUUUUACAUCACUGUUUGGACGAAUGGAGAAAUCUCAAAGACCAAGGUGGUGUAAGGAAUCUUUCAGUAUUUAACUUGAAAACUCUCCUCAUACUAGCCGUUUAAAAGUUUCAGUGUUUUGUAUGUUGCACCGCUUCUUUUCAAGCAGUUAUUAUGAGGCUGGAGUUCAAUGAGGGUUGUUAACCUAAUGUAUAUUUGUGUAUGUAGUGUAAGUACCCUGUAUUAUAGUAAACUGUAACUAUUUAGGUUGUACAGAUUGAAUCUAGCUGUUUCAUUGGCUGAUCUGAACAAGUUUAGACGGUCUUUUUUAUGCUGUAAAAGAGGAAUGCAGCAUUACACCUGCUUAGUGAAUUAAAACUACGACAGCGACUUGUGAGUUUUUUUGUUUUCUUGGCUGCAUUCUAUUCUAAAGUAUAACCGUUGCUGACUUAAAACUAUUUUAAGUAAAGAAAUGCACCGCUGUGAACUGUAGCCA